AUGCUUAAUAUAUUUAUUUUAAUUAUUUCCUUUAUAUCUAUAUUGUCUAUAGAACUAAAUAGAGAAGGGGCUAGAUUUUGUAAUUUUCCAAAGGCUUCACGUAAUAAUGUUACAAAUACUGGUUUUUAUGUUAAAGGCGGCGAGGAUGUUGAUUUUGGAAUGCAAAGAAUUCGAUUGAAUGGAAAUCCAGGGACUUGCAACUCAAAAAUUCCGAAACAAUGGGGUUCUGUCAUUACUGUUGCGGAUGGUGGAACUGUGAGGAAUGUGAUACUUGGUGUUUCUUUGGAUGGCACUGCUGCUGAUAUUAAUUGUAUGGGGAGUUGUACUCUCAAAAAUAUUGUAGAUGGAGGAGGCGCUCUAGACGGCUUUCAAAAAAUUUUCGAUCAAAGCGGGCCAGGAAAGACUAUAAUAAAGAACUUUUGCGCAGUAAAUUGUGCAAUAGGGAUUGCGUCUUGUGGAAAUUGUGGGAGGCAAUAUAAACGAGAUAUGACGAUUGAGGACUCUAGAUUCAAAGGGCCUACACUAACUAUUAUAUCUGCUAACAAACAAUAUCAAGACAAAGUAACUCUUCGAAAUAUAACAGUCUAUGGAAACAACAACCCUGCAACUGAAACUACAUUUGUUUGUUCAGAGUACUUGGGGGAAAAUGUUGGAGAUCCUUGGAAAUAUAGUUAUAAACCUGGACAGGCUGGAACUGGCAGUUCUUGUAAUUACCCAGCUUCUGCAGUUAAAGUGAUUAAUUGA